GUUAACAAGAAGAUAGAAGUAGAGCCACGAACCGUCCACGGAGGAUGAGUUGGUGACAACAUUAUCUGGCGAUUGAAUUGGUCUCCACACUAUAAACAAUUCAAUAGUUUAUCUGAGAUGGGCUCUCAGAUUUUCAAAAUCUCACCAUUCACUUCUUGUAGAACCCUAAUUUUCAAUCCCACCCCCGUCUCUCGAUUAUUGGCAAUUUCAGUACCCAACAGUCUCUGCAAAACCCAAUUCAUACACCAGACCUCAAAACCCAUCAAUCACAAAAUUUCAUCAUCUGGGUUUGGUGGGUUGUCUCUCCGGAGUAAGAGAAGCUUCAGAGGUGGGAUUGUAGCUAUGGCCGCAUCUGGUCCGGUUCAGAAAUCAGAUGAGGAUUGGCGUGCGGUUCUCUCUCCCGAGCAGUUUCGAAUUCUGAGGCAGAAAGGAACAGAGUACCCAGGCACGGGAGAGUAUGACAAGUUCUUUGGUGAGGGAGUCUACAACUGUGCAGGAUGCGGUACUCCUCUCUACAGGUCCACUACUAAAUUUAACUCCGGUUGUGGUUGGCCAGCUUUCUAUGAGGGUCUUCCCGGAGCAAUAAAUCGCACCGUGGACCCAGAUGGAAUGAGGAUUGAAAUUACAUGUGCCGCUUGUGGUGGGCAUCUAGGUCAUGUAUUUAAAGGAGAAGGGUUCCCUACUCCAACGAAUGAACGUCAUUGUGUUAAUAGUAUUUCACUCAAGUUUCUUCCUGCAGAAUCUUCUCCUUCUCAGUGAAGGUUACGGUAAUGGUAUCUUCAUUCUUUGUGUCUAGAACUUGGUAAUGUCCUUGGAAUAAGACUGAUACUGUGGGGUUUCCUGGUAUGGGUUGAAUUCUAGGUUUGUCACCUUGCUGGUAUAGCUUAUACCUGCUUAGCAACCUUACUAAUAAGGGGGUUUCUGCUUACCAUUGUCAUCUUCAUCUGUCAAGUUUCAAAUUCUUGUAUAAUGUCAGAAAAGUGCUUACUGUGUGUUAUUUGUAUGUUCUCUCGUAAAAAAAAAUAUCAGGACAAUUUCUGUUGGCUAAAGGAUGAAGACGAUUUUUAGGAGGCAUGAAUAAAGUUAUGGUAAAAAUGUGGGUGUUUUUAGUGGUAAAUCAUGAAUUGUUUCUAA